CGCGCACGCGCACUCGGCAACCCUUUCAGGAGCCAGGUGCCGCUAGGGCUCCAGGGCUCUGGCGUUCCUGCGGCGCCCCCUUUUCUUCUCUUCCCUUCUUACGGCUUCGGAGUCGCGGGCAGCAGCCUCUAUUCAGGCUGGUCGGCGCUACGCUUAAGUGGCCUGGCGGGGGAGCGGGCUGCGUUCGCGUGGCGGAAGUUGUGGACCGGAGAGAGUAGGCACGGAAGAGAUGGGGAAAGGGGGCGGUAGAGGAGCCUGAGGUUGCGGGCGAUGUGAUGAAUGAACAAGAACUGGGGUUGGGGAGAUGCGGGAGCUUCAGAGUACACAACAUGGCCGAAAACCGAGAGCCCCGCGGGGCCGUGGAGACUGAGCUGGACCCGGUGGAGUACACCCUGCGGAAGCGGCUUCCCCACCGUCUGCCCCGGAGGCCCAAUGACAUUUAUGUCAACAUGAAGACUGACUUUAAGGCCCAGCUGGCCCGCUGCCAGAAGCUGCUGGACGGAGGGGCGCGGGGUCAGAACGCAUGCACUGAGAUCUACAUUCACGGCUUGGGCCUGGCCAUCAACCGCGCCAUCAACAUUGCCCUCCAGCUGCAGGCUGGCAGCUUCGGGUCCUUGCAGGUGGCUGCCAAUACUUCUACCGUGGAGCUUGUUGAUGAGCUGGAACCAGAGACGGAUACGCGAGAGCCGCUGACUCGCAUCCGCAACAACUCGGCCAUCCACAUCCGCGUCUUCAGGGUCACACCCAAGUAAUUGAAACGAGUCUGGCCCACCUUAUCCACUCACCCCUCUACAGCUAGGCUCAGAUGUGCCUCUUCUUGUACUGAGUACUGUCGUGGACUUCCCACCAAAGCCAUAUGGGAAAAAGCCUAUCCCCUGCAACCCCAGAAGACUCCUAAUUGAGAGGGUGAAUAUUGUCUUUUGUUGGGCCCAAGCAGUGGGUCUUCCCGAAUCUUUGUGGUCUGUAACCAUUGUCCUAUACAAUAAAAAGUAUCAAGUUGUAUAAGUGCCCAACCACGCCACUGCA